UGGGACGGCACAUAGAAAAAAUGCUACUAGAGAAUCAAUCUACAAGCAAAACCAUGGGUUUAAAUACUUGGCAAUUACCACCCAACAACCUGGCAACAUUGACUUAUCAGUCAACACUCUGUCAACACGUACUACAGAAAAUAUGUCAAAUUGUUGAAAACACAACACUUGAUAAAACAAACAAGUAAAUUACAUUUUUUAUAAAUGGCAUUGUUUUGUUGAUUUCGUUGCGUAAAGUUUCAGUUCAUGUUAAUGAUAAAUAUUGUACAGUAAAUAGAUCGUCUGUGUCUCUGCGAUGGGUAAUUCAGGACUUAAACAACAUUAUGAAACUGCAUCGAAAACAGGUGUUUUACAAUUAUCUGAUCACAGACUAAAGGAAAUUCCAGUCGAAGCUCUAAAUUUAACAGACACUUUGAGAAAUCUAGACUUAUCUAAGAACCGGCUGUCAACUUUACCCGAUGAUAUCUGUAAAUUUAAACUGUUAAAACAGCUAAACCUGGAUACAAACAAAAUAGAUACUAUUCCAGCCGCUCUUGGCAAUCUGAGGAAGCUUGAAAUGUUCAAUAUAUCGAAUAAUUUAAUCACUUCUCUACCGGAUUCCUUUGCCAAGUUGUCAAACUUGAAACAAGUAUAUUUAAAUAACAACAGGCUUAAAGAAUUCCCUAUGCAAUUGCUGGGCCUUCAUAAUUUAGAUGUGUUGGAAAUUUCCAACAAUAAGAUUACAGAAAUACCGAAUGGAAUGUCAGAGCUGUAUGCUGCUGAGCUGAAUCUAAGUCAAAAUGAAAUAUCAACGAUUGGUGAGGAUUUGCAUCAAGCACCUAGACUUAAGAUAUUGAGACUAGAAGAAAAUUGUCUUAGCUUAGAUGCUAUAAGACCUAGUUUACUUAGAGAUUCCAAAAUGCAUACAAUAAACCUAGAUGGUAAUCUAUUUGAGUCGAAACAACUGAUAUCAAUGGAAGGAUUCAAUGAGUAUACAGAGAGAUACACCGCUAUGAAGAAGAAAAUGUUUUGAAAUUUUGUAUGCCAUGUUUGGGCUCACACAAAUCAAACACAUAUUUUUAAAACAAGUUUUAUUUGAAUAUGCUUAUAAGGACACAGUUUCUCGUUGUAAAUUCUAUACACCAAAUCUAGCUAACUCAUCAAUAGUAUUUAUUACUUGUAUAUGAAUAUAAAUAUAAUAUAAUAUUAUUUUCUUUA